CGUGAGUGAUUUAAAAUUAGUUUCAAGUAAAAUAACUUUUUUGUGUGGGUAUGUGUUAUGUUUAUAAUAAGAAUUAAAAUGUUACAAAGUGGUGUAUGUAAGGCUGUAAAUCUUAGAACACUAGCUAUAGCUAGACCCAUUGUAUACGUUCCUAAACACAGGCCACCUGACCCCAAGGAUUUUGAGAUACUCACAGAUUUUCUUACAAAAUAUCAUAAAAUACUCAUAUUAACUGGAGCUGGAAUAUCGACAGAGUCAGGCAUACCUGACUACAGAUCAGAAGAAGUAGGUCUAUAUGCCCGCAGCAACCAUAAGCCUAUUCAGUAUCAGGAAUUUGUCAAGUACCCUAAAGUUCGACAGAGGUAUUGGGCAAGAAACUUCAUUGGAUGGCCAAGGUUCUGCAAUAUACAACCUAAUGCUGUACAUUACUCUAUAAAUGAACUAGAAAAGGCAUGAAAGGUGACAUCAAUAGUAACCCAGAAUGUUGACAGACUACAUCACAAAGCUGGUUCAAGAAAUGUCAUUGAACUGCAUGGAACUGGCUACAUUGUGAAGUGUUUACACUGCCCAUAUGAGAUUGAUAGGAAUGAGCUUCAAGAACAGUUGGCAAAAAGCAAUCCAGAUAUGGAAAGUAAUUUUGGUAUGAUCCGGCCUGAUGGAGAUGUUGAUCUAACUAAGGAACAAGAAAGUAGGUUUAGAUCACCACUUUGCCCCAAAUGUGAAGGCCCAUUGAAGCCAGAUAUAGUGUUUUUCGGUGACAAUGUUCCUAAACUUAGAGUGGAGGCUGUAAAGAACAAAGUAUCAUCCAGUGAUGCUAUAUUUGUUCUCGGAUCAAGUCUAACGGUGUAUUCAAGUUAUAGAAUAAUUUUGCAAGCAAAAGAGGAAAAUAAGUGUGUUGCCAUUUUAAAUAUAGGCCCUACUAGAGCUGAUAACAUUGCUGACAUUAAAAUAGCAACAAAAUGUGGAGAUAUAUUGCCAGAAAUGUGUAAUAUAAUUUCAUAAUAUUGUGGGUAGUUAAAUUAAUGUGUUGUAUUGACA